UUUGUUUCAAGGCAAAGGAUUCGCAAAAGAAGUUGAAAAGGAAGGAAGCAGCUAGCGCUGAGCGCUGUACUAGCUUGUUACGGUGAGCUAGCGUUGUGAUUCCAAUAAUGGCCUGUGAGUUGGAUCGUUUCCAAGAGCUCGUGGCCUUCGACGAGACCAAGGCCGGCGUGAAAGGCCUUGUCGACGCAGGCGUCACUGCCGUUCCGACUAUCUUCCACCACCCACCUGAAUCCCUCACACUCGGCAAUAGUUGGCCGGCUCAUCAUGAAGGCUUGGCCAUCCCGGUUAUCGACCUUGGUGGCGACUCGUCGUGGACACCAUCCCAGCGAGCAGAAGUUGUGGGCAGAGUGAAGGCAGCCGCGGGGACGGUGGGCUUCUUCCAGGUGGUGAACCACGGCGUGACGAAGGCGGCCAUGUCGCAGAUGCUGGCUGCAGUGAGGAGCUUCCACGAAGAGUCAGGUGAGGCGAAGAGGCCGUACCACACGAGGGACCGGGGCAGGCACGUGCGGUACCACAGCAACUUCGAUCUCUUCCAGUCGCCGGCGGCUAACUGGCGCGACACCCUGUACGUGGAGAUGAUGCCGACGGGGCCGGCGCCCGAUGAGAUACCGCCGGCGUGCAGGGGCAUCAUGGAGGAGUACACGAAUCUGGUGCAGGGUGUGGGCGGCACGGUGCUGGGGCUGCUGUCGGAGGCGCUGGGGCUCCAGCGUGGGCACCUGGAGCAGGAAGCCGGGUGCCUGGAGGGGCUGGCUGUCGUGGGCCACUACUACCCUGCAUGCCCGGAGCCGCACCUGACCAUCGGCACCACCAGGCACACCGACCCGAGCUUUUUCACAGUGCUCCUCCAGGACGGCGUCGGCGGCCUCCAGGUGCUCCUCCGGGACGGCGGCUGGGUGGACGUGCCUGCCGUGCCCGGCGCGCUCGUCGUCAACAUCGGCGACUACCUGCAGCUCAUCUCCAACGACAGGUUCAGGAGCGUGGACCACCGCGUGCUGUCCAAGAGCGUGGGGCCUCGUGUCUCGGUGGCCUGCUUCUUCCGAACGCACGGCGAGGCUGCGUCCAGGAGGGUGCACAGCCCGAUCGUCGCCGACGGUGACGCGAGCCGUCCUAGGUACAGAAGCGCGACGGUAGAGGAGAUGGACAGGCAAUACAUGGCCAAGGGUCUCGACGGGCGUUCCACUGUUUCUGCCCUUGACCAUUUCAGGCUCUGAUCGUUGAUCGAUGAUGAUGGAAGUAGUAAGUGGCCAUAUGUGCUGUGUUUGUGAAUUGAAUUCACGUAUGGAUUGUAUGUGCUGUGUGUGUGACUCAGAUUCAUGCGUGGAUUUGUAUCCGUGUGUGCACUUUAUUUCUUUUUGUUCUUUUCGAUAGUGGUUGUUUUAUUACUUAAAAGGUUUAAGUCUUACUCUUGCCUCUAA